GAGUACACUUGGCGUGAACAGUUGACUCGUACGAUUGGACCCACUGGAAGUCGUCGGCCGAACGACACCGCGGGGCCACCUGGGGAACCCGAGCCGUCAGAAGCGUCCAUCCAGCCAGCCAGAGGCAGCGCCGUGAAGAUGGGCAGCACGGACAAGGCUGUGAUCACGGGGUUCAUAUGCAGGCUGUGCAGCAAGAUGAACCGCUUCGUGAUCCACAUCUACGGGGAGGAGGGCGAGAGGAUGAAGCUCGCCGAGAAGAUAAACACCUACCUGCCGAUCACGGUAAAUAUGAACGACCCGCUACCGAAGACUGCGUGUUUACAUUGCAUCGAGCGGUUAGAGGCGCAUCACGAGUUAAUGGAACAGAUCAUGUUCACCAGACGGAGAUUGAACACCGACAACAAGACGGCCGCGGUAGCGUCCUCUUCGACAACGACCGUGGACACGUCCCCAGCGUCCAGCCCACCUCCAUGUUGACAUGUGCAAUGCGAAAUAGUACAUCCUCUCGCUCAACGCGCCACUUCUCAAGAUCGAAUGAUUCCUGUAUAAUUUUUCUAUCGUUUCAUUUAAGCUAAUAGUCAAUCAAGCAAAUGUGUAAAAACAAAAAAAAGAACGGAACGGAUGAUUCGUGUGAAACAUCAAAUCAUGUAACGUAACGAAACAAUAUUUCCACGCAACAUUGCAUACUCGUUUCAGCGACAAGUAUUCUCGCGCGGUGUUAAAGACACUUGAUGCCCAGCGCGUUCUUUGUUACCUUACGAAGAUGUACAAGUGACGUGUAAAUAAAGUAAGAAAGAACGCGGGGAGCAUCGAGGGAUCUUCUUUAUAUGACUACCGCGUGGAUCACGCAUUGUAUCUCUUACACAUGACCGUGUGUGUAAAGAUAAUUUGUAAAAAAAAGUGAUACCUCGAAUGCAAAGUCUUGGGCGAUCGCAAUAAUAUUGAUGUAACUUCUAUUUAUAUAUUAUUCGUAGAUAUAUCGGAUAUUACGCAUCGAUUCAAGACGUCCGAACUUAUAUAGUUGUCUUUGGAUAUGAAUUUUGCGCUCCAUGUAAGGAUUAACGCGCUCAACUCUUCGCGAAUGUAAAGAGAAACAGUAAUCAAAAA